GUGGUGUAUUUAGGUUCUCUCAGACCGAAGAGGCAGUGAAUUCAGGAACGGAUCCCGGGUUCACUGGAGCUCCUGCAGGGUGUGAUCGCACGGAGGAGGAGGUGUGGAACUCACAAACCCCUGGAAGACCACCGGAGACCCGGCGGGCUGCGGGGAUGCUGGGAUAAGUCGGACAUGGAGCCUCCUGCUCACGUUUGCCUGGUUUCUGUCCUCCUGAGCGUCGCUCUGGCUCCUGGAUGUGGAGGAGAAAUGUUUACAUCUCUGCUCAGCGUGAAGCAGGCGAUCAGUGUGGAGCGGAAACUGAUCGACUCCCUGAAGACCUACAUCGAGCACGAGCUGGAGAGGCUGCAGGACAUCCGGCGUUUUCAUGCCAAAGUGUCCGAGCUGCACACGGAGCUUCACGAGGGCCCCGCGGCCGCCAUGGCCAACCCUCUGGCGGCGUUCACCCUCAUCAAGCGCCUUCAUUCAGAGUGGCUGAACGUGGUGUUCAGCAACGAGGCCCUGGAGAACGCACAAGCCCUCAGGUCCAGCUACGAGGAGGAGCGGGCCGAGCUGCCUCGCCUGGCGGACCUCCAGGGCGCCGCCAGGGGCCUGAUGAGGCUGCAGGACGUGUACGCGCUCCAGGUGUCCGGCCUGGCCAGCGGCCGCUUCCGGAGAGUCACCGACGGCGUGCCGACCGACGUGUACCUGCCCAGCAAGGCUGUCCUGCUGUCCGGAGACGACUGCUUUCUGGUUGGAAAGGUGGCCUACGAGCAGCAGGACUACUACCACUCGGUGCAGUGGCUGGAGGAGUCGGUGCGUCUCUUCAGGGGAGCGGGGCGACGCUGGAGCCCCGAGAAUGAAGGCACCUUAGAGGACGCUUUGGACCACCUGGCCUUCUCCCACUUUAAAACGGGAAACGUCUCCUCCGCUCUCAGCGUGUCUCAGGAGCUGCUUCAUCACGAUCCCACGAAUGGGAGAGUUCUGAAGAACGUGGAGGAAUAUGAGAAUCUGCUGGCUUCUGCGGCUCCACCAGGAGGCGGCGGCCUGAGGAGACCCGGCUCCACCCACCUGAGGACCAGGGGCACGUAUGAGAGACUCUGCCGGACUCAAGGCUCCCAGCCAAUGCAUUUCAGGAACCCCAGGCUCUACUGCGACUUCUUCACCAACGGCCGGCCGGCGCUGCUGCUGCGGCCCGUCAGGAGGGAGGUGCUGAGCCUGCGGCCGCUGGUCGUCCUCUUCCACGACUUCGUGACGGACGCCGAGGCCGAAGGCGUCAAAGGGCUGGCCCAGUCCGGGCUGAGGAGGUCCGUGGUCGCCGCUGGAGAGAAGCAAGCAGCCGCAGAUUAUCGUAUCAGCAAGAGUGCCUGGCUCAAGGACUCGGCACACUCCGUUGUUGAGAAGCUGGACCAGCGGAUCUCUUUGGUCACUGGUCUAAAUGUGAAGCAUCCGUACGGCGAGUACCUCCAGGUGGUGAAUUAUGGGAUCGGCGGGCAUUACGAGCCUCAUUUCGACCAUGCCACCUCUCCGUCAAGUCCUGUGUUCAGGCUGAAGACUGGAAACCGCGUGGCGACGUUCAUGAUCUACCUCAGCUCUGUGGAGGCAGGCGGCUCCACGGCCUUCAUCUACGCCAACUUCAGCGUUCCCGUUGUGGAGAGAGCUGCUAUUUUCUGGUGGAACCUCCACAGAAACGGCGAAGGAGACGAGGACACGCUGCACGCCGGCUGCCCUGUCCUCAUCGGGGACAAAUGGGUGGCAAACAAAUGGAUCCACGAGUUUGGACAGGAGUUUGGAGAGCGGCGCUGUGGCCUGAGCCCUGUCGAGUGA